GAGAGAGAGAGAGAGAGAGAGAGAUUUUAACGUAGAGUGAAAUGGAAACCUUUGUAAAAUCAAAGGUACUACUACCACUACUACCCUGCCUUUAAAUUAUGAGGUAGAACCAGUAGACGUGUCUCUUCCACCCAAUGCACUCUUGAUUACUUGAAAACGUGUGUGUGUGUGUGUGUGUGUGUGUGUGUGUGUGUGUGUGUGUGUGUAGAGCGGUGAGUGUAUUGUAGACAGGAAGGACUGAGGAAUAGUCUAGGAAGUGUGCCCGUACAAUUUCACUACCCGCGCUGCGCACUCACAUCCACCACCACCACCACCACCACCUCCUGUUUGCCGGAGAAGAAAGUAUUCGUAAGCUUUCCAACUCACUCGCUCACUCGCUUCAUUCACUACUUGCAGUAAUAGAACCUUUAAUGCGUUCUAAGUCAUUACACUGUCGUAUGGUGUUUUUAAGUAAUGGGAUGAAGGUUUAUACACAGUAUUUCCUCCUCCCAGUUCAAGGUUCUCUCUCACCAGCGCGUAGUUUUAUCAGUCAGACUAUCACUUUGCCCCAUCUUAUUGUUCUACACACUCCCUGAACACUCGAUCCAGUCAAUCAUCUAUAUACUUUUUCAAUCCGCUGUUCAAUCAUCCAGCCAUUCAUCCAUCAGUCUAACUAGAUAGUUUGACACUCGGUCCGGUCGCCAGCCAGCCAGCCAGUCAGCCAGUCGGCCCGCCAGCCAGCCAGCCAGCCACCAAGGAUACCACGACCGCCAGUCACUCCCUCCCCGCGUCUCAAUGGUCUGCCGUAUACAAAUGUUGAGAUUUUGUACGCUGCUGGGGCUUUAUGCCAAACAUAUUCAUCACCUGCGAAUUGAUGUCCGUAGAUGGUACUAGCCUAUUCACUUUAAAGGAUAUACGCACGCACGUGAAAGACGAAGCCGAGGGAGGAGCGCGCAAUCGGACGAGGUGGCAGCCCGCCCUCUUUACCUACUUCCCUCUCGCCACGCACUGCGCUCCGCUCACUCCCGUUUUUCUUUUUUCUUUUUUACAUAUACAAUUCUAAUAUUUUAAAGCAAUAAAACUUCAUUUCUGCUUCCACUACUAUGAAUGGGCCUGGGUGUUGUAAAUUACAGUCAUGGUGAUGGAAAAUAUAUUGUAGAGGCAGUAGUAUGGUUAGGCUGCCUUUCUAUGAGUGAGGGCUCAUAAAUACUUGCUUCAUGGGGUUUAUCAGACGCCCAGGCUUUCUACCCGGCGGAGGGGUGGACACAAUAAUUGCCUGCGUCAUGUACCUUCUAUCUGGGUAUUAGGAGUUAGGUGUCUUGCUGUCUUUACUUGUUUAUCAGCGGCCAUGGUGACGACGAAAGUGCCCUCGGGAACAUGCUGGGCGCGCGUGAUCUGGCCGCCUGCCUCCUCACAUGUACUACGUAACCCCUGAAGGCGUCCUUUCGCAUCUCUCGUUAACUUAGGGGCACUCGACGAUGGGGCUUCCUCGAGCAAGCGGCAAGCGGCGGUGGUCUGGCGAGGACGGCGGGGAGGCUCUGCCGGCGGCCAAGGUGAUCUGUACGUCACCGCCCCACGCCCUCUGUGCUGAGGACGUGCUGCACCACCCGGCCCUCACCCACGCACACGCUACCACUCCCGCCCUCGAGUGUGAAUUGACUAGCGGCGCCACGGGUGACCCCUCCACUACUAGGCUGGAGCAAGAGGAGCUGCCCCCCGGCGUGCCCGGCAGCGCGCCCCCCUGCCUCCCGGGGCACCACACCUUCCCGGAGGAGUCCGAGGACGACGACUCUGAUGACGACCACGACAACUUCAUUGACGACGAGGAGGAUAAAGACUCAGGUUUCAUCGACAGCAACUCAAUCGACAACUCUUCUGACGACGAGGUGGAGAACAGAGUGAUUUCUGGAGACGCGGGGGAGUCUUGUUCCUCCACCUCCUCCUCUUCCACCACCACGACCACCACCACCACGGCGUCCACCUCUCUUCAAUUGUCUCUGUCCAAAGUCCUUCCCUCGACCUCCACCAGCCCCCAGGUGACGCCCUCUCCAGCCCCAACCCUCACCAUGUCACAAGUCCCCAUUCUCCUCCCCAGCCCACCCCUUCCUCUGACGGUGUACACCCCCACACUCUCCUCUGUGGUGGCCUGCACCACCAUCCCCCUUGCCACCACCAACACAUCCCCCUCCUCCCCUGUGGUGGUUCAGGCUCCAAUCACCCCCCCACUAGUUACUGGCCAUACCACCACCCCAUCUUCACCCCCUCCCCCUCCCUUUUCACCAUUCCCCUCCCUACCCACCACCACCUUUCUUCUCACCUCUGUCUCCACUACCACCACCUGCACCACCACAACUGCCACAAGCACGACUGGCACCAGCACAGAGGAGCCAGGCCCCAAGACUCUCCCCAGCGAAGGAAGCAUCACCACUGUCACUGCCACCCAGACAAGCACAGUGGUCACCAGCACCUACCAGGGAGCGCUUUCCUCACCAGUGUAUGAGCCCCACCCCUUCUCCUACCCCGGGGAGUCCUACCCCUCCCGGCCUUCCACCCCCACCUGGGAGAGUUGUAACUAUUAUGACGGCUCCCAGCCCACCACUAACAAGUACAUGGAGAUCUCCCCCAACAAGUCCACCUCCAGCCAAUCCAUUCAGUGUGACGAGAAUGGGAAGUCCUACCUGGAGCUGGGCAGUGCCUCACCCUACACACACACCUACUCCAGUGACUGUGGCAACUACACCACAUCCCCCUCCAGCUACCCAGCACAGUCCUACAACCAAACCUACACCAGCCCUAGCUCCUAUGGACAGCCCAACUCAUACUACGGUCCCAGACAAAGCUACAGCCCUGGGCCCUACGUGUAUCCCACAGGGGAGAACUACAGCACCUUUGAGGGAGAGAAUGGGUGUAGCUACAACUAUGGCGGCAAUGCCUACGGUGGGGUACGGGGCUCCCUGCUGCCUUCCCGAGGGCCGCCGCGGUGCAUGUCUCCCUACUGUGACCCCACCCGCAGCAGCCCCAGGCCCUCCUGCUACCACCAGCAACGGCUCUCUGUGCUCAACAUGUCCAUGUACAAACUGAACAGGUUUCGCCAGUUCCCGGACCCCAGCCUUCACAGAUCUGUCCUGAUCUGUAACACCUUGAGACACAUCGAGCGGGAGCUGGAGGCUGAGGGAGUGAGCGUGGCCUCCCUCCUGGCCCAUUCCCAUGGCCACCCUGCACAUCCACACCUACAGGGAGCCACCCUAGGCCCCGGGUCCCCGCCGUGCCCAGAGCCCAUGCCGUCCUCAUCUCCCACACCUCCAGCAGCCACAGAGACCCCACUGUCCUCCAUGCACACCCCACUGGUGGGCUCUCCCCUGGCAGCUCCCUCCACCCCUCCUCCGUCCACCCCUGGCACCCCACCCCCUGCCACCCACUACAGCACUCCAGUGUACCCCACCCCCCAAUACCUCCCCACGGACCACGCCUCAGGCUCUUACGACAGCAGGGAGACGGUGCACAUGCGGGCUUACCCAAACCUGGUGGCCAACACUCCUCAUGAGGAGAGUCGGGAAGGACCCUCCGGCGUAACGACAGACAGUACCGAGGGGGAGAGUUCUCCCUCCACGCCCCCCCCACGACCCACACCAGUGCCCCAAGAGGAGAGAACGGACGCCAUCAACUGGUGUUCUGUGCUAAGUCUGUCCUCACAAACUGAUCUGGACUCCAUGAACAAUAAUGAGUAUGGUGAGUGGAGCAAUGAGACAGGCGGUGAUCUGGACUACAACCGGCCAGAGGACGGGCCGCCCUGGAAGCUGCCGUCCCUCAGUGCCGAGGAUGUGCUCAAGUCUUUCCCUGAGGCCUCAAAAAGACUUGAAGCAAAUGAGGACCUUGAUUCCAUUAUAAAUGUCUUGGUUGGUUCUUAGCAUUUAAUGUAGUUUAGCUAAUUGUUAAUUCAUUCCAAAGGAAUCAGUGUUAAUAUUUUGCCGCCAUGCUGGCAGGAAAAAUACAUCGCAAUCCAGUGCAUUUGUGGACAACCAGACUUUGCUCAACCCCUGGCUGGUGCGGUGGGCCACACCUGCAGCCUCCCGCCCAUGUCCCAAGGGUGCUGGCCUGCUUAGCCCAAACCUGCAGCCUCCUCACCGUGUCCCAAGGGCUCUGGUCUGCCCGGCCCUAGGAAGCUUUGCUGUGUGGCUGAGCAGCAAAGGGCCAGUAGCCCCUCUGAUUAAGGUUAAAUACUGUACCUGCAUAUAAUAUACAGAUAUUAAGUUCUCAUUCAUGUAACAGUGGCAAUAUUGAAGGUUCCGUACCAGAGUUUUAGGCAGGUAGUUGCCAAACUAUUGAUUACUUAAGACAAAACUUAAAUGAUAUACUACAUUAUAGACAAAGGUGCUUAUAUUCAGUUUUAAUUGUUACUUUGAUUAUUUACUGAGUAAUGUUGACAUGUUUCAUCUCAAGUGGUUGUGUCAUACAUAGUAUCUUUCAGUAUUUACUUUGUUUUGUAUCAUUGUGGCCUGGAAUGUGAGUAAGCUAGUGCUGUAUGGGAAGUAACCUUUGUGGCCCACCUGCAAGUUCAAAAUAUUGAGCCCCAUUACAUUGGGUAGGCAAAAAGCAGCCCCACCUUCACCCCAAGCCACGGUGGGGUCUAAACAUGUCACCUGUGGGUUUCUCUUUGGUGCCAAUGGGGCCACAGCUUGCUCAGGCCAACACGGGUCACUAAAAUUGUUCUCAGUGCAACGUUUUGACUCACGAGUAAUCUGGCAGUCACACGAGGAGCUGGUUGGGUCCUGAGUGGACUGUGAUGUCCCACUUAUCAAUUACCUUGAUCUCGGGUGAUUUUAUUAUAGAAUGACUCGUUGAUUCUAGUCGUGGUGAUCGCCAUAGAGCGCAGUGACCACGUGCUGGUGCCACGCAGUGCACCUCACAUACUGGCAACAGCUUAUACUUGGUCUCCUGUUCAGUUUCCUUGUGGCCAGCACUUGAUACCUUUGAAUCUUAAAAGUCUUUAAAAGAACAGAAAUAUAUGUUAAUUUUAUAUACAUGCUAUUCUAUAUAUUUUCUCUGAUUUCUGUGAGAUUGUGUGAAUUUGUUAACUGUCAAAAAGUAGCAACUUUUGUAUUGUCUAGGAUUUUUUUACAAGUGGUUCUGAAAAGUACACUUUGGUAUGUCAAUUGCCUCCUCAACUGUAGAAAUGUACAUGGGAGGUCUGACAAGGCUCUCCUCACCCACACCUCCCACUAAUGUUUCACUCUGUCUUAUCUCAAAAGUCCACUUGACCAUCCCCAGUCUGGUAGUGUGUGGGGUCAGCUGGGCCAGCAGUGCCACACCUUGGGUGGGAGUGGCACCGUGCUGGCUUGGCAGCCUCACGUCAUGGCUGGGUUGGCACGCUAGUGUUGCCCAAUGAAUAUGCUGCAGCAGGAGGUAGCACAAGUGUGAAGUACAAUGGCACUGCCUUAACAAUAAUGAUAACUAGUUAGACGAUACUUAAUUGGCUGUGAUGACAUAAGGAAGCUCCCUCACUUAAGGCUGAGCGAUUUGUAACCUCGGUUGUGCUCUACUCAAAUUCUCAACCACUGACCACUAUUGUGAUACGAUUGCUCAGUAUGUAGUAGAGUAAACAGGAGAACCAUGUAGAGAAUUUACAGUUAUUAUUUUUUUGUUUGUUAGAACGCAAGCAUAUGCGAGGCCCGGUUCCCCGUUGCCCCACGCCUGCCCCUUGCCUUGCACACUGCUGCUGGGGACACACACACACACACACACACACACACACACACACACACACACACACACACACACACACACACACACACACACACACACACACACACACACACACACACACACACACUCUUCUCCGAUGCCCUCCCCACCCCCUCCUGGCCGGCCCGAGCGAGCUUGAGUACAUACAUUCAAUUAUUAAUGGUUUGGUAAAAACGAUGGCGGUGUGUGGGGGGUAAUGGGGUACCUCCCUUCCCCCGAGUAUUGAUUAGCUGAGGACACGGCAGACCAGCAGCCGCCGCUAAAGCUGGGGCGCCGCGCCACCGCAGCGGCCCUCGUCAGGAGCGGAGCGGAGCGCAGCCCCUCGCCCCGCACCUCCAGGCGAGGGGCGGGGCGGGGCAGCAGCUUUGGUGGAGAGGUCAGCGUGAGGGCUUCGGGCCUGCACACCACAAUUAUCUGUGACCCUCUCUAGGGAUGACCCAAUGGUUACUAUGGUAAUGAGUCACAUAGCAGAGAAAACUGUGUAUAAUUCCUCGCCGUCUGUGUCGUGGUGGCGGCGCGGCGGCGCGGACGUACUCGUACUUACACCGCGGUAGAGCCGAGGGAAAAACCAAGCCAAAGACUUUCCGUAUGAAAAAAUUAAGGUGACAAAUAAGUUUUGGCAGUUUCAUAGAUGGCUUUAUGAAGCAAAUGAAAUGUAUUUUAUAUAGAUUUUUGUGUAUAUAUUUAUUAUAUGUAAAUAUCUGUAAGUAAUGUCAAAAUGAUUAAGCAAUAAAAAAAUCAAGUGUCAA